GAUUGUAAAAAACAAAAUCCUCCACUAAAUUACAACCAAUACAAAUCAAGAAUAAAAAAAACUAAGUGAUUCCUUGCAACUAACAUGAAUCUCUAUACUCUCUAGCCUCUUAGACCUCUCCGUCCAAAAUUCCUUUACUUAUCGCCAUUUUCCCUCUCGAACAAACUUCACUUGCUCUUUGCCCAUCUCCCAUGGGAGCUAAUCUCUGCACCAUUAGAUGCCCGGGGACGGCCGACGCCUCCGGUGACGGCUAUGAAAUCUGCGGGUGGAGAAGGCGACAUUGGUGGAGAAGAGAGAGGAACGACGUGAAGAGAGAGUUAGAGGCGUCGAUUGAGAAGAAGGAAUUCAUGUCUCUUGAGGAGUUGCUGUUGGCUUCUCCAGGAGUGCCGUCGGAGCGAGGGUUUGGAAAUGACGGAGAGUUUAAUGUUUCAAGACAUGGGGGAUUCAAGAGAAAAGUUCAUCCGGCGAGGAUUCUGGAGUGUUCUUCGGCUUGUGAUGAGAGAUCGGGUUUUGUUGGUAAAUCGGUUGCAGAGGAUGAGUAUUCUUCUCAUGGCGGUUUUCCGAUUUGUGGAAGCCAAAGUGGGAAGUUGAAGAAGAAAGUGAGUUUUAGGCUGCCGGAGGUGUCGGAUGUUAUUGUUAUUCCCUCGCUGGAGGAUGAUGUGAUAGCCGAUGAGCGGAAUGUUGAUUCCUAGUUUAUAGUUGGGAAACUAUGAACAUACCCUCUAAACUUUGUAGUUAAAUUUGAAACAACUCUUAAAAAGAUUAAGAACAAAAUGAAAAAAUAUUUACUCCAUGUAACACAAAAGAAUUUCAUCACGUUCAAUUUGUCAUUAUUGGUUUUGAAUUUUUCGUAUGAAUAUUGAAUUUGUAAA